AUGGGUUCAGUUGGAGGGGAAGAGGCAAUUCACGAGCCUACAGGACAUGAUGAGAGGAUUCUUGUUUCUGUUCGUCUUCGUCCCCUCAAUGAAAAGGAGCUUGCAAGAAAUGAUAUUUCGGACUGGGAAUGCAUCAAUGACACCACCAUCAUAUACAGGAGCAACCUUUCAGCUUCUGACAGGUCACUGUACCCAACAGCAUAUUCCUUUGACAAUGUGUUUCGGUCAGAUUGUUGUACAAGGCAGGUGUAUGAAAAAGCAGCUAAGGAAGUUGCUCUUUCAGUUGUCGGUGGCAUCAACUCUAGCAUUUUUGCAUACGGACAAACAAGCAGCGGGAAGACAUACACCAUGAGUGGCAUAACUGAAUACACAGUAGCAGACAUUUUUAACUACAUAGAGAUGCACACGGAAAGAGAAUUCGUUUUGAAGUUUUCCGCAAUUGAGAUUUAUAAUGAAUCUGUCAGGGACCUCCUUAGUCCAGACUGUACUCCUCUCAGACUUCUUGAUGAUCCGGAGAGAGGGACAGUUGUUGAGAAACUGACUGAGGAAACCUUAAGAGAUUGGGAGCAUUUUAUAGAACUUAUUUCUUUCUGUGAAGCUCAAAGGCAGAUAGGGGAGACAGCACUGAAUGAAGCAAGCUCCAGAUCUCAUCAAAUUCUAAGACUGACAAUUGAAAGUUCUGCAUGUGAAUUCCUUGGAAAUGACAAGUCUAGCUCUCUUUCCGCUUCAGUGAAUUUUGUUGAUCUUGCUGGAAGUGAGCGAGCAUCCCAAACCAAUUCAGCUGGCACAAGAUUGAAAGAGGGUUGCCACAUAAAUCGGAGUUUAUUAACUCUAGGGACUGUUAUCCGCAAACUCAGCAAGGGUAGAAAUGGACAUAUUCCUUUCAGAGAUUCAAAGUUAACCCGCAUAUUGCAGUCCUCGUUAGGAGGCAAUGCCAGAACUGCUAUCAUCUGUACCAUGAGCCCUGCACGGAGCCAUGUUGAACAAACCAGAAACACCCUAUUAUUUGCAAGCUGUGCAAAAGAAGUGACAACUAAUGCACAAGUCAACGUGGUGGUUUCUGAUAAAGCACUGGUAAAGCAAUUACAAAAAGAGUUGGCUAGACUGGAAGAGGAAUUGAGAAACUCAGGGCCACCCCACGUUACAUCCGAUACUACUGCAUUGUUGAGAGAAAGAGACCGUCAAAUUGAGAUGUUAAAGAAAGAGGUUAAAGAGCUGACCGUGCAACGAGACCUUGCACAUUCUCGAAUUGCUGACUUGCUCAGAGUGCAUGGAGAUGAUGUGUCAACAAUAGAUAUGCUCCAAGUGGAAAGUUUGGAUACUCAAUACCAAAAUUUAAGUGUCAGAAAUUCAUGGAACAUUGAAAGUCAAAGAGAGGAGCCAAAUGUAUUAUGUCUUGACGGUGAAGAGAGUGUCAGGUCUUUUGAUGCAUCUCAAUAUUCAGAUGGACAUAGUUUUAGUUCUGAUGACAACUUAUUCCAACUCCCUGACCUUGAAAAGAAUCUUCUGGUCAGAAGUUCUUCCCCUGGGCUGCCGGUCAAAAGGACUGAUUCUGUACCCAAUGAUUUGGAUCAGAAUGAAGAGGACAAUUGUAAGGAAGUUAGGUGCAUUGAGUUAGAAGACCUAAUUAUAAACACACAUAAACCUUCAAACCCAGAGGAUUCUAGAUCAAAUACAUACACUGAUUCUAAUGCAUCAUCUCCUAGAGCAAGCACAGCUAUCUCAGGAUUGAUUGCAGCUGAUAAUAGAGACAAGGAAAAAGUAGAUUUGAGUUCAUCUGGGUUGAAUGAAGACAAAAUAUUGAACCAUUUGCCGCAUGAUUUUGUUCUUCCAUCUCCAAAAGAAAUUUCCGUGUACAUGACAGGGAACAGUAGAAGUGGUACUUCUAGAUCCUUGAAGCUGAGCCGAAGUAGAAGUUGUAAAGCAAGUCUAAUGAGGAAUUUAUCAUCAGAUUGGUUUGAAGAUGAAGAUGAAAUUCAGAAAACACCUCCAACAGGGAAUGAAAAACAGUUCCCUGGAAGACCCGAGAACUUUCCGAGGAACAUUUAUGCACUAAAUUACAAUGCCAAAACAGAGAGGCUUUCAUGUAAUGGCCAAGGGAAUUUUGUGCAAAGUUCUGCUGUUGAUAUUGUUCAGAAUGUGAAAUCUUCCACUAACAAGGAAAAAGAGGGUAAUACUCCCUUACCUCCAAAAGGAAAGGAAACAGGAAAUCUUAAGAGGUUGAAUUUAUUGGAUGACCAAAAGGUUCCAGGGAUAGGAUUGGAUCCCAUCAUGUCUGCACAGAAUGUCAAAGAUAUUGGCUUGGACCCAAUGCAAGAUGGCAGAGAAAGUCAUUCAGAGUGGCCGUCAAAAUUCAAGAGGCUCCAAAGAGAGAUCAUUGAAUUCUGGGAUGCUUGUAAUGUUUCAUUGGUUCACAGGACUUACUUUUUCCUUCUAUUCAAAGGGGAAGAAACAGAUUCAUUUUAUAUGGAGGUAGAGCUGAGAAGACUAUCAUACCUUAAGCAAACAUUUUCCCGAGGCAAUCAGAUAGUGGAAGAUGGAAGAACCCUCACACCUGAAUCAAGCAUGAAAUAUCUUAGAAAAGAGAGGCAAAUGUUGAGCAAGCAAAUGCACAAGCGACUGUCCAAAAAUGAUCGACAGAACCUGUACCUGAAAUGGGGGCUUCGUUUGAAUUCAAAGAAUAGGAGUUUGCAGUUGGCCCAUCAAUUGUGGAGUGACACAAAAGAUAUGGACCACGUUAGAGACAGUGCAUCCAUUGUUGCAAAGUUGAUUGGUUUAGUGGAGCCAGAACAGGCUUUUAAGGAGAUGUUUGGACUCAACUUUACCCCACAACCCACCAGUAGAAAAUCUUUUAGUUGGACAGCCAGUGUGAGGCAUAUUUUGUGA